GCUCCGACAUGCCUCUGCCGCUGCUAAGGAAAUGUUGCGGCUGCAUUUCCCUGCGCACAGGCUGCUUCGUUCUAUGUAUUAUGUCCACAAUGGCGUGCGCGGCUAACAUCACGGCGGGAGCAUGGAACUUACCUCGCCACAGAGAGAGGGAGCCAGAAGACAACCUUAUCUCCAUGAGCAUGGUGAUGUUCUCCACCCUGUCAGCCAUCAGCAACCUCAUAGCCCUGUUCGGUAUUAUAUUGAAACAUCCAUCCAAGCUGCAGUGGUCGCUGGUGUUCAACUCAGUAUUCAUAUUCUGCAUAUUCCUGGUGGCCAUCGUGACCUGCCUCUUCAGGCUGGAUGACUUCCUCAGGGUGCCAGGUCACAUAGUGUUGGUUGUGUUGCUGUUGAUAGCUGGAGCUAUGUACUCCAUAUAUUACCUGGCGAUGAUCAACAGCCUCUACAGGAUCAUGAAGAUGACUUAUGGAGAGAGUGCCAUUCCCAUAUGA